AUGGCCAUGCCGCCAGGCCUCACGCGAGAGAUAUCACCACCGAGAUUGGCGAAGCGACGAAAGGGUUCACAGUUCCCGGAAGCCAGGAUAGAAGACCACCUUAUAUACUUUACACAACAGCUAGCCAAAUCUUUGAGGGAGUCUUCAGGAGGCGGCCCAAGAGUGUUUAUUAAUGAUUUUGCGGAUUUAUAUAAACAAAACCAGCAUGAGCAUGGCAACUACUUUGUCAUUUAUCAGCAUAAUCAUCCAAUCCGAGAAAUGGCGCUUACAAGUUCUCUAGACGACCUCCUACUUCAAUUUUCAGGAACUAAUUUAAUUCUUUUUCAAUUCCUCAAGAUUUGUCCCGGAAUCCAAAUUCAAAAAGUCCUGGCCUCAUGGCAGUUGAGACGAGGGCACAAAAUCUGCUUUCUACUCACUUCAGAGCCCUCAUAUCAUAGCACCCCCUCAUCUUAUCGGCCUCUCGGCAAGACCUCCAAGAACAAGCCACCAUCUCCACAAACUAUAGAUAAUCCAUCGAGAGAAUGGGAAAUUGAUUCAAGCCUUCCAAACCUGCUACAUCCGGCUGCGCACCCACGGAACACGUAUACAAUCACUAUUCGUCUUCCCUCUACCAAUGAUAUCAACAAAUCCCAAUCCUUCUUUACUCCUCGUAAGCACAGAAAUGGAACGAAACUCACUCGGCCCGAAUCAACCCAUUCGGAACGCGAGUCACUACAACCCCAACGUCUCUCUGAUGAGGCUGAGCAAGAUCUCGACACCGACCCCGAGGAAGAUACCAUCACUCGCCUUAACAACGCGUAUUCCGGCGCUUCAAACAACAUUGGCUCUAUCCAUCAACGUCGCGGCUUUGUCUUAGAGAAAGGGAUGUGGAGAGUGGAGGGUGACGGAGGCUUUGAGCCAUUCUAUGCUAGAAGAAGGAAUUUUGAAAGGAGUAUUGUUACUGGAAGAUUAGCAAGAGAAGUGGAGAGUAACAAGGGAUUUGAAAGGUUUGCUGGCUGGAUGGGUUGGAGUUAUGACGGAGAUGACCGAGCUAGAAAUGGAUAG